GGGAGCUACAGGUGGCAGAUUGGCCCUGUCAAAUAUAAGCUGCACUCACAUUUCCCUGUACAGACGUCAAGAGGGAAGACAUUUAACUAAAAGCGUGAAAAUAACAGGAUGGCCUUGCUCAAGAUUGCUUUGCUUCUGUUCAUUUGUCUUGAAGGCUCUGCUCUGACUUCGGCUUUUAAUAUUGAUGGCUUGCAAAAUGUUCCAGAUGCCCUGAGAGCAAAUGGGGAUGUCUGCCAGGACUGCACCCAAAUAUUUGAACUCCUUGCUGACCUGUUUUCCAAUGCAGACCUCCAGAAAAAGAUCAUGAAUGGCAUUGAAAAUUUGUGUGACCACCUGCCUGGGCCAGCUAGUACUGCCAAACUCUGCAAAGAAGAGGUGGAGAAGAUGUUUCCACUGGUCAUCAACUUCAUUACUGGCAUUGUAAAACCAGCAGAGGUCUGCAAAAUCAUUGGGCUCUGUGGCUCCUGUGACAAGCAGGAGAAGAUGCUCAGCUAUUUUGUCAAGGAGGCCCUUCAGAUUGCUGUGACGAGUGAAAAUGUGCAGCCCACAACACAAUGCUCCUUUUGCAUUUUUCUUGUCAAGACUUUGGAGGACUUGCUGCCUAAAGAAAGGACUGAGGGUGCUGUGAUCAAGCUGCUGGAGGAGAUCUGUCAUAUUUUGCCCUCCUCCUACCGAGAUCAGUGUGAGGCUGUUAUUGGCAAGUUUAGCAAGACGGUGCUGGACGCAAUCCUAGCCUACGCCACCCCUCAGGCCAUCUGUGCUCUCAUCCACCUGUGUAAAGGGCAGGAGGCUCCUUAUGUAGACCCGUGCACUUUGACAACGUACAGGUGCAGAGACAUCAAGACUGCCCUCAAAUGCGGAACUGUGUUUUACUGUCAGAAAUUUGCCUGGAAGCCUCUCAACUACAACACCCUUUAAAAUGGUGGGACUAAGAAUAUGAGUCAAUCUAGGUGCCCCCAUGGAUGACCCAGAUCUUUCAACGUCAAACUGCAAAUAUUUCUCUAACAGCUUAACACCUGUGGCAUUCUGCCUGAUAGUAUUUCUUUCACAUAGCCUACUGAUUUGAUAUCUUACUGCAUUUUGUGAUUUUGCAUUGUAUAUACUGUCUGUAUUGAGGGAAGAAAACCAGGACAUAGCUUGACAAAACAAUAUGGACAAAAGGAUUAUUUGAACUUCAGGAGUAAAAGGAAUGUUGAAAAGAUAUGAAAGCUUGACUCUAGGAUCAGAAAGUUGAAUGAUUAGUAUAAAAGGAAGAAAAUGUCCCAGUUAUUCUGUAUACUUGAUAGGAUUUUUCUAUUUUUAACUAAGAUUUUUCUUUAGAUCUUUGUACUAACUAACCUCUAUGCUAUAUAUUAAGUUUUAUCUGUUUUGAAGUUUCUUCUUGUAAUCUUUCACACACAGAUGCUCUCAGGAGAAUUAUCUGACCAAAUAUUGUUAAAUAAGGUGUGUAUAUUAUGGGCUGUGAAACAUCACUAGAUCUGGCUUGUCUUUUACAACUAAAGGAUCAUUUUAAAUUUUUUCA